AAACAAAUUAAGAAGAGAUUAAUUUGAUAAAGAUGGGCCUUUUGUUCCCAUCUCAUCAUGACUUCUUUAUUUUGCAAUUAAUAUUUAGAUUGAUAUUUAGAUUAGAUUAAUAUUUAGAUUGAACAAAUAUUUAUUUAGUAUUAGCAUUAGAUGUGCUAAAUUUGGUCUGACAAGAACCCUGUCGUUGGGGGCUUAAUACUAAGAAAAAUACAAUGUAACGCUAUUGAGCAUUUUUGGGGAAGAAAGCAAGGAUGGCAUAUUCAGUUACUGUCUCAUUGAAGAUCAAUGAGAAAGUAAAAGCAAAAUAUUGUAAGUUCCAUCAAAGAAAACCAUUAAGUUUUUGUUUUUGAUGUUAUUUCUUUAAUAAACAGCUGCUACCAUUUUAGACCACUUGCUAUUUAGGCCCUUAGGAAUUUUUCACUAGAAGGCCUGUAAAGAAAGAUGAGCAUUUUUAAUGGAUUUAACGUUCAUCAUUUGACUGCGUGACUGAUCCCCAGAGCUGUAAUUGUACUAACAAAUUUUUCAGAAGCCAGUUAGCAGCUGCACCUCACCAGCCAGCCACGAUUAACAUCCAGUGCUCUUUUGUUCUUCUGUUUCUCCUCAAACUUGGUUCCUCACAAAGUCUUAUAAACUUGCAUUCUUUUCUUUCCUUUUCUCUUGCUCCAUCACUCAGGCUGCAGUGCAGAGGUGUGAUCAUGGCUUGCUAUAGUUUCAAACUCAAGUAAUGCUCCCACCUCAGCCUCCCAAGUAGCUGGGACUACAGAUGUCCACACCACACAAAUCUAAUUUUUAAUUUUUUGUUGUAGACAUGGGAUCAUGCAGUGUCACCCAGGAUGGUCUUUAACUCCUGGCCUCAAGUGGUCCUCCUGCCUCAGCCUCCAAAAAUUCUGGGAUUAUAUGCAGGUACAAGCUACCUGUGCCCAGCCCCUUAUUUAUUUUAAAUAACAACUUUAUUGAAAUAUAGUUAACAUACCUUACAAUUGAUUCAUCAAAGUAUGCAAUUCAGUGGUCUUUAGAGUAUUCAUGGAGCUGUGCAUCUGUCACCACAAUCAAUUUUAGAAGCUUUCAUUACCCUAUAGAGAAAUCUACAUUUCUUUUCCAUUAGUUCCUACUCCCCCUAUACCCCUGUGCUUCCAUAGGCAAUGGCUGACCUAUUUUCUGUCACUAUAGAGUUGCAUGAUCUGGACCUUUUAUAUAAAUAGAAUUCUGCAAUAUAUGGGAAUCUUUGGUGGCUGGCUUUUUUUUUUUUUUUGCUCCUAGCACAAUGUUUACAGAGUUCCUUCAUGUCAUAGCGUGUGUCAGUAUUUCUUUCCUUUUAUGGCUGAACAAUAUACUCCAUGGUAGAGUCACACUACAUUAUAUUUAUCUGUUCAUCUGUUGAUGAACAUUUGGGUUGUUUUUAUGUAUUGGCCAUUAUGAAUAAUACUGCUCUGAAGAUUCAUGUACAAGUUUUUGUGUGGACAUAUAUUUUUAUUUCUCUGGGAUAUAUGCCUAGGAGAGAAAUUGUUGCAUUCAAUGAUACUGUACAUUUAGGCUUUUGAGAAACUAUUUUGUAAAAUGGUUAUACCAAUCAGGUGUGGUGACUCUCAUAUGUAAUCCCAGCUACAUGAGAGGCUGAGGUGUGAGGAUCACAUGAGCCUAUGAGUUAAAAGAGACCGGUCUGGGCAAGAUAGUAAGACCCUGUCUUUAUUUAUAAAAAUAAAAUGACGCCAGGCACAGUGGCUCAAGCCUGUAAUCCCAGCAUGUUGGGAGGCUGAGGCAGGUGGAUCACGAGGUCAAGAGAUUGAGACCAUCCUGGUCAACAUGGUGAAACCCCAUCUCUAUUAUAAAUACAAAAAAUUAGCUGGGCAUGGUGGCACGUGCCUGUAAUCUCAGCUACUUGGGAGGCUAAGGCAGGAGAAUUGCUUGAAUCCAGGAGGCGGAGGUUGUGGUGAGCCGAGAUUGUGCCAUUGUACUACAGCCUGGGUAACAAGAGCACAACUCCAUCUCAAAAUAAAUAAAUAAAUUAAUUAAUUAAUUAAAUAUAAUGAAAAUGACAAGAAAAGAAACACCCAAAGUGGUUCAACCAUUUUAUGUUCCCACAAGUAAUGUAUGUGUGUUCCACUUUCUACAUUUACACCAGCAUUUCUUUUUUUGAGGCAAGAUCUCACUGUGUCACCCAGGCAGGAAUGCAGUGGUGUGAUCAUGGGUCACUGCAGCCUCGAACUCCCAGACCCUCAUGAUCCUUCUAUGUCAGUCUCGUGAAGUUGGGACUACCUUCACAUGCCACCACUCUCAGCUAAUUUUUGUAUUUUUAGUAGAGACAGUGUUUCACUUUGUUGCACAGUCUGGUUUCAAACUCCUGGACCCAAGUGAUCCACUUGCCUUGGCCUCCCAAACUGCUUGGAUUACAGGUAUGAACCACAAUACCUGGUUAUCUCUCUCUUUUAUCUCUUCCCUUCUUCCUGUGGUAGAUGGAAGAAAAUAGUAUCCAUGUCUUGGUCUUAGGUCUGAGACUUUUAAAGCACAUGAGGGAAUAUAUGAUUGUAUUUAUAGAUGUUUAGCAGGACAUGGCCUUGAAUACAAUGUAAUAUUAAAGGAUCCCAUUAAAGAUAUUUGUACUAUGCUUCAAAAGAUCUGUAUUUUGCCAAGUUACCCCUUUACUUAUGAGGACACAUGCUCCAUGAAGCACCUGAUGAGAAAAUUUGCAACUGUUAUUUUGUUUUGUUACUCUGUAGAUUUCGUUGUGCUCAAGCAUUCAGAUGAUGUUUUCUUAAUUUUAUUUUCCUUAGAGUUGCUCUGUCACCCCAGCUGGAGUGUAGUAGUAUGAUCUUGACUCACUGCAACCUCUGCUUCCUGGGUUCACAAAAUUCUCCUCAGCACACACAGCACACACACCUCCCACAGAACCUCACCACAUACCACCCACACUUCACAACCACACUCCACCCCACACAAAGACACCCUCCACAGUGCACACUUGUCACACAGACACACACCAAGCACCACACAGUUUCCACAAACACUCCAUAGUGCAUACACCUCACAGACACACACCACUCACCACACACAAACUGCAGUUUACACACUUCAUACAGAAACACACCACUCAACACACACACACACACUCCAUGGUGCACACACCUCUAAAAGACACACACCACUCAAUGCACACACACUCCACAGUGCACACACCCACAGACAACACGCAACACACACUGCAAACAAACUCCACAGUGAACACAACUCAGAUACACAGUACACACUAUGCAGUGAACACACCUUUCAAAGACACACUGCACUCACCACACACACUCCACAGUGCACAUACCAUGGAGACACACUAACCACACACACACACUCUACAUCACACACUUCCCACACAGAAACCACACACCACACACACUCCACAAUACAUGCUUCUCACACACCACAGUGCACACUUCUCAGACACACACCACACACAAUCCCCACACACACUCCAUAGUGCACAUACCUAAUAGACACACCACUCACCACACACACUGCAGUUUACAAACCUCAUGCAGGCACACACACUCCAUAGUGCACACACCUCUCAGACACACCACUAACCACACAGUCCAGUUUACACACCUCACAGACACACACCACGCACCAUACACACACUCCACAGUGCACACACCUCACACAAAAACAUGCACCACACACUCCACAGUGCACACACCACACAGACACACACCACGUACCACACAGACUCUAAACACACACACCACAGUGUACACACCUCAACAGACACACCCCAAUCACCACACACAUUCUCAAUAGUGUGCAAACCUUACACAGACACACCACACAACACAAUUCACACAUUCCACAAUGAACACAACUCAGGCACCACACACCACACAUUCUACAAAGUGCACACACCUUUCACAGACACAUUCCACUCACCAGACUCCACAAACACACUCCACAGUGCACACACCACUCAGACACACCACAGCACACACACCUCACAUAGAAACCAUGCACCACCCACACUUCACAACCACAACCCACAAUACACCCCUCACACAGACACACUCCACAGUGCACACUUCUCAGACAUGCCAAGCACCACACAUACUUCCCACAAACACUCCACAGUGCACACACCCCACACACAUCACUCACCAAAAACAUACUUUACAGUGCACACACCUCACAGAAACGCACCACUCACCACACACCAAAUUUCACACCCCUCACAAAGACAACACUCACAUUCCACAGUUCACACACCUCACACUGACACACACAUGUUACACACACAUUUCACAGUGCAUGCAUCUCACACAAACACAUGCCAUGCACCACGCAGUCCACAGUACACAUACACACCACACAACACACUCUACAGUGCACACAACUUACACAGAAACACACUUUCCACCACACACUUCACACUGUCUACAAUACACAGUGCUCACACACACCACUACCACACAUGCACACCAGAGGGCACACACCUACCACAGACAAAUACAACUCACUGCACACCCACUCCACAGUGCACAUCUCUCACGCAGACACAACUCACUACACAACCCACAGUGCACACAUCUCUCACAGCCACACACCACUCACAACAUGCAAACUGCAUAGUGUGCACACUUCAGACAUGGGCAACUCAACACACAAUCCCCAUGCACAAACCUCACACAAACACAUAUGAUUCGUGACACACACUUUACAGUACACACACCUCUCAAAGACACACCACUCAGCACAAACACUCCACAGUGAACAGACUUCACACACACACCACUAACCACACACACAGCACAUUGCACACACCUCACACAAGAACCAUGUAUGACACACCUUUCACACACACUCCACAAUACACAUUUCUCAAAGACACAUCCCUCACCACACACACGCCACACACAAUCCACACUGCACACAUCAGACACCACACACCACAAACACUCCACAGCACACACACCUCACACUGAAAGAAACCUUACACCACCCACUUCACGCACACCAAAAUACACACCACUCACAAAGACUCCACAGUGCACAAACUUCACACACCACUCACCACACACACUACACAGUGCACAACUUUCACACAGGCACACACCACUCAUUACAAACACACAUCUCACAGAUGCACACCACUAACCAAAAACACACUUUAAAGUAUGCACACUUCCCAGACACACCACUCACCAUACACACAUUCCAAAUUGCACACCCCUCACAGACACAACACUCAACACACAUACACUUCACAGUUCACACACUGCACACGGACACCACUCACCACACACACUACACAGUGCACAAGUUUCACAAAGGCACACACCACUCAUUACAUUCACACACUGCACAGUGCACACACCUCAAAGACGCACACCACUCACUACACAAACUUCACAGUGCAAACACCUCACAGACACAUCACACAUCACACACAUAAUCCGCCAUGCACACACCUCACAAAGACACAACACUCACCACACACACUGACUCGACAGUGCACAUAUCUUAGACACACCACCACUUAGAUUCCACAGUGCACAUUUCUCACAGACACUACUCACCACUCACACUACAUUGCACAUACCUCACACAGACAACACUCACUGCCCCCACACAUUCCACAGUGCACACACCUCACAGACACCACACACUACACACACACUCCACAGAUUACACACUUCACACAAACACACAGCACUCACAAUGACUACACAGUUUAUAGUGAAUGCAUCUCAGAGACACACCACACACAGUAGUUUACACACCAGUAAGACACACUCCACUCACCACACACACUCCACAUUCACACUCCACAGUGCACACACCUGUCCCAAAACACUCACCACACACUACAGUGCACUCACCACAGACAUGCACCACUCACCAGACUCCACUGUGCACACGCCUCACACAGAAACACACCACUCACCACAACACAUAACCCACAGUGCACACACCUCAGACAGACACACACCACUCACCACACACUACACCUUGCACAACUUUCACACAGGCACACACCACUCAUUACACACAUCUUAGACACACACCACUCACCACACUGCACAGUGCACACCCCUUAUACAGAAACAUCACUUAAUGCACACACACUCCAGCAUGCACACGAAAAUUAGACACACACCUGUCACCACACACACUGCACAACUCACAGAUGCACACAACUCACCAAAAACAGACUUUACAGUACACACACCUCACAGACACACACCACUCACCACAUAGACACACUCCAAAUUGCCCAUCCCUCACAAAGACACAUAACAGUCCCCACACACAGACUCCACAGUUCACAGAGCUCACACUGACAUCACUCACCACACACACUACACAGUGCACAGCUUUCACACAGGCACACACCACUCAUUACACACACUGCACAGUGCACACACCUCACAGAUGCACACCACUCACCACACACACAAACUUUACAGUGCACACACCUUACAGACACACACCACACAUCGCACACACAGAAUUUACAGUGCACAGACCUCAGAAAAACACAAAACUUGCCACACAUACCGACUCCACAGUGCAGAUACAUCAGACACCACGCACAACACACACACUCCACAGACCACACAUUCCUUAAAGUCACAUAGCACUCACCACACACACACCACACAGUUUAGAGUGAACAAUCCUGACUCAUACCACACACCACACACACUAUGCAGUUCACACAGCUCACAGACACACUCCACUGAUUACACACUCCAGACACAUUUAACAGUGUGCACACCUCACACAGUUCUACAAUACUGCACUGCACAGUGCUUACACCAGACACACCACUCACCUCAUAAACACAAUCCACAGUGCACACACCAGACACAUGCUAUGCACCAUGAAGUCCACAGUGCACACACCUCAAACACACGCCACACAACCCACACACUCUACAGUGCACACACCUUACACAGAAACUUUUUACCACACACUUCACAUUCUACAAUACACGCCCCUCACACACCACUAUCACACACAUACCAAAGGGCACACACCUACCAGACACCUCACUGCCCACACGCACUCCACUGUGCCCACCCCUCACCCAGACACACAACUCACAACACAUAACCCCCAGUGCACACACCUCUCACAGACACACCACUAACCCCACACUAAUUGCACAGUGCACACACCUCACAGGGACAAAAGCAACUCAACACACAAACACUCCACUGUGCACACACCUCUCAAAGUCACACCACUCACUGCACACUCCACAGUGCACACACAUCACACAGACACACACUAACCACACACUUCACAUUGCACACAUCACACACAGGAACAAAACAUGCAUUAUACACGUUUCUUACACACAAUACACACCCCUCAAAGACACACAUCUUUCACUACAAACACACCAGUCACAAUCCACACUGCACACACAUUAGACACACCACACACAAACUCCACAGCACACAACUCACACAAAAGGAAACCUUACACAACACACUUUACACAUGCCACAAUACACUGCUCACACAGACACACCACAAUGCACAAAGCUCACAGACACACUGCUUACCCGACACAGUCCAAAUUGCACACAACUUACGAAGACACAACACUCACCACACACACUCCAUAGUUCACACACCUCACACAGAUGCACAUCACUCACAACACACACUACACAGUGCAAAGCUUUCAAACAGGCAUAUACCACUCAUUACACACACACACUUCACAGUGCACACACCUCACAGACACACAGCAGCCAGCACAGACUCCAAAUCGCACAUUUGUCACAAAGACACAACACACCACACACACCCUACACAGUUCACACACCUCACACAGACACACCAUUAACUGCAUACACUACACAGUGUACAUCAUUCACGCAGGAACAUACCACUCGUUAUGCACACACACUGCACAGUGCACACACCUCAAGGCCACAAACCACUCAUCCCAUGCAGACUUCACAGUGCACACGCCUCACACAGGCCAUGCAUUGCACACACAAAAUCCACAGUGCAGACACCUCACAGACCAACAUUUGCCACACACAUCAACUCCACAGUGAACACAUUUCACAGACACACAGCACUCACCACUCAGAUUCCACAGUGCACACACCUGACAAACACAACUCACCAAACACACUACAUUUCACAUACCUCACAGUCUUUCACCACUCAUCACCCUCAUACAUUCCACAGUGCACACACCUCACAGACAGAGACCACACGCCACACACACUCCACAGACCACACACCUCACAUGGACACAGCACUCACCACACACAGUCCACACAGGGUUUACAGUGAACACACCUCAGACACAAAACACACAUUACACACACUGCAGUUCACACAGCUCUUACACUCUACUCAACACACACACUCCACACACAUUCCACAGUGCACACACCUCACACAGAAACACACCACUCACCAAAACACAUAACCCACUGUCCACACACCUCAAAGACACACACCACUUACCAACACACUUCACAGUGCACACCCAAAUACACACCACUCAACAUACCAACUAUAGAGUGCACACAAAAAUCAAAGACACACACCUGUCACCACACACUCCACAGUGCACACACCUCAUACAGACACAAACCACUAAACACACACACUCCACGGUGCACACAAAUCUCAGACACACACCACUCAUCACACACACCCCACAGUGCAAAUACCUCUCAAAAGCACUACUCACCAAACACAUUUCACAGUACACAUACCUCACACAUACAGCACUCACCACACACACACUCCACAUUGCACACACCUCACACAAACACACACCACUCACCACACCCACACACUACACAGUGCACACACCUAACAGACUCACACCACGCACCACACACACCACACACACUCCACAAUACACCCCUUUUAUACAGACAUCCGCCACCACACACACUGCAUAGUUCAAAAAUCUUAGAUAGACACGCACCAGUCACCACACACUCCACAAUGCACACAUUUCAUACAGACACACACCACUCACAAACACAGUCCAUGGUGCACACAUUUUUCAGACACACACCACUCAUCACACACACUCCACAGUGCACACACCUCACAGACACACAUCACUCACCACACACAGUCCACAGUACACACGUCACAGUAAUUCACCAUGCACCACUCACACAUCACACACACUCCAUAGUGCACACUCCUGACACACACCAUGCACCCCACAGUUUCCACACACACUUUAUAGGGCACACACCUCACACAGACCCACACCACUCACCACACACACACUCCACUGUGUACACACCUCAUGCAGACACACACCAUGCACCACAGUCUCCACACAGUCCACAGUGCACACAACCUCACAGACCCACACCACUCACCACACACACUCCACUGUGUACACACCUCAUGCAGACACACACCAUGCACCAGUCUCCACACAGUCCACAGUGCACACACCUCACACAGACUCAGACCACUCACCACACACACAUGCUACACUAUGUACACACCUCACAAACUCACACACCACUCACCACACAAACACACUCCACAGUGUGUUUUUUUGUCUGUUAACAUUUUAUUUUAUGCUGGAUAUCUUAGAUGACAUGUUGUUGAGAAUCUGUGUUCUAUUUUUUUUCUCCGGUUAAUGUUGACUUAAUUUAUCACUAUUUGUUGCAGAAAAUGUUUAUCUUGGCAAGACUCAACAAAAUUCAGCAUAUUUAAUAUCUGCUAUUCUUUAGGGGAUUUCCUCUCGCAACUUUGAGAUAUGUUUUAGCAUUCCCACACAAACACACUCCACAGUGUGUUUUUGUGUCUGUUAACAUUUUAUUUUAUGCUGGAUAUCUUAGAUGACAUGUUGUUGAGAAUCUGUGUUCUAUUUUUUUUCUCCGGUUAAUGUUGACUUAAUUUAUCACUAUUUGUUGCAGAAAAUGUUUAUCUUGGCAAGACUCAACAAAAUUCAGCAUAUUUAAUAUCUGCUAUUCUUUAGGGGAUUUCCUCUCGCAACUUUGAGAUAUGUUUUAGCAUUCCCACACAAACACACUCCACAGUGUGUUUUUGUGUCUGUUAACAUUUUAUUUUAUGCUGGAUAUCUUAGAUGACAUGUUGUUGAGAAUCUGUGUUCUAUUUUUUUUCUCCGGUUAAUGUUGACUUAAUUUAUCACUAUUUGUUGCAGAAAAUGGUUAUCUUGGCAAGACUCAACAAAAUUUAGCGUAUUUUAUAUCUGGGAUUCUUUAGGGGAUUUCCUCUCUCAACUUUCAGAUAUGUUUUAGCAUUUCCGAACUCAACACUCUGAAUCCCAAAUCCAGUUAAACUGUGGCUUUCUGAGUGGCAUCUAUCCACCCAGCGCUGUGUGCACUGAAGUACCAUCAGUUACAGGAAUUGUGCCUUGGAUCCACCACAGUUGGCUAAAACUGGCGAUCUAAGACAAGUUGACCAGCUAACAAGACCCGGACCACCCGAGCCUGCUCAUCCUAUGACAGGAUCCAGUUGCCAUCAUGGACAACAACAGUCCUGCUCUGAUUCCCACAACAGUUGCAGGACUGUAAUUUUGUUUAAAGUAAGUUUGUUUGUUUUACUCUACUGCUUAAUCCAAAGCAUGUCUCCAUAAUUAAAAUUUUAUAUGUCUAAUGAGCAGAAUACUCAAAUCAAUAACUUAAAAAUUUAUAGAUUAAAAAGAGAAACUCGGGGGUCUAUGCUUUUUCAAAACAUAGACAUUUUUGCUCAGCCAAAAGGUAAGUUUUAAGAUAAGACUAUAGGCCAUGAUUUUUCACGUCACAGGGGUGUGUUGUAGAGAUUAUUUUAUCACCCAGGUAUUAAGCCUAGCACCCAUUAGUUAUUUUUCUGACCCUCUCUCUCCUCCCAUCCUGUUAGUUCCCAAUUGUAAUGAAAUAUUUGGUUUUCUGUUCCUGUGUCAGCUUGCUAAUGAUAAUGGCCUCCAGCUCCAUCCAUAUUCCUGCGAAGAAUAUGAUUCCAUCCUUUCGUAUGGUUGCAUAGUAUUCCAUGCUGUGUAUGUGUCACAUCUUUAUCUACUGAUGGGUAUUUAGGUUGAUUCCAUGUCUGUGCUAUAUAAAUAGUGCAGAAAUUAACAUACACAUGCAUGUAUCUUUAUGAUAGAAUGAUUUAUAUUUCUUUGGGUAUAUACACAGCAAUGAUAUUGCAGGGUUGAAAAGUGGUUCUGUUUUUAUGUCUUUGGAAAAUCAGUACACCGCUUUUUCACUAUGAUUGAACUAAUUUUCACUCACACCAGUGUAUAAAUGUUCCUGUUUGCUCCACAAUCUCACCAGCAUCUGUUACUUUUUGACUUUUUAAUAAUGGCCAAUCUGACUGGUGUGAGAUGGUAUCUUAUGGUUUUGAUUUGCAUGUUUCCAAUACUCAGUGAUAUUAACAUUUUUUCAUAUUCUUGUUUGGCCACAUGUAUAUUUUCUCUUGAAAAGUGUCUGUUCAUGUGAUUUGCCUACUUUUUAACUAGGUUGUUUGAGUUUUUUCUUAUAAAUUUACUUAUGUUCUUUGUAGAUGUUGGAAAUUAGAACUUUGUCAGAUGCACAGUUUGCAAACAUUUUCUUCCAUUCUGUAUGUUGUCUGUUUACUCUGUUGAUGGUUUCUUUUGCUGUGCAGAAGCUCUUUAGUCUAAUUAGGUCCCAUUUGUCAAUUUUUGCUUUUGUUGCAAUUGCUUUUGGAGUCUUUUUUAUCAAAUCUUUACCCAUUCCUAUGUCCAGAAUGGUUUUGCCUAGUGUUCUACCCAAUAUUUUUAUCAUUUUGGGUUUUUCAUUUAGGUCUUUAAUUCAUCUUGAGUUGAUUUUUGUUUAUGGUGUGUGAUGUUUACUACUGAGUGACAACUUGAUUGAAGAAUGCAAAAUAUUGUUCCCAGGUGUGUCUGUGAAGGUUAAAAAGAUUAACAGUUGAGUGAAUGGACUAAGAAGGACCCACUCUCAGUCUGGGUGGGCAUGACUUAACUGGCUGCCACUGCAGACAGAAUAAAGGGGGCAGAAGAAGAUGGAAGCAGCUGACUUGCUGAUGCUUCCAGCCUUCAUCUUUCUCCCAUACUGGAUGCUUCGUGUUCUUGAACAUCAGACUCGAAGUUCUUCAGCUUUUGGGUGCUUGGACUUACACCAGUGUUUUGCCAGAGACUCUCAGGCCUUCCAUGACAGACAGAAGACUGCACUGUCAGCUUCCUUAUUUAAGAAGUUUUUAUACUCAGACGAGCUUCCUUGCUCUUCAGCUUGUGUAUGAUAUAUUGUGGGACUUCACCUCAUGAUUGCAUGAGGCAGUACUCCUUAAUAAAUUCCUCUUUUUAUAUACAUCUAUCCUAUUAGUUUUGCAUUUCUAGAGAACCCUGACUAAUACAUGAAGUAAGGAAGAGGUCCAGUUUCAAUUCUCUUUAUAGCUAGUCAGUUACCCCAGGACCAUAUAUUGAAUAAGGAGUCCUUACGUCAAUGCUUGUUUUUGUCAGCUUUGUCAAAGAUCAGAUGGUCAUAGGUGUGCAGCCUUAUUUCUGGGCUCUCUAUUCUGUUCCAUGGGUCUACAUGUCUGUUUUAGUACUAGCACCAUGCUGUUUUGGUUAACAUCGCCCAGUAGUGCAGUUUAAAUUUGAGUAGUAUGAAGUCUCUUGCUUUAUUCUUUUUGCUUAGAAUGGCUUUGGCUAUUCAGGCUCUUUUAUUAGUUCCAUAUAAAUUUUAAAUAGUUUUGUGAAGAAUGUCAUUGGGAGUUUGGUAAGAUUAACCUUGAAUCUGUAAACUGCUUUGAGCAUUAUAGCCAUUUUAACAAUAUUGAUUCUCCUAUCCAUGAGCAUGGAAUGGUUUUUCAUUCAUUUGGAGUCACUGGCUUUCAAUGACUAUCAGAAAAGUUUGCUUUUAAUUUCAACAUUUUUUCAUCGGUUGAUUGUGUAAUAGUACUAUAUUGAUCAAAUGUUUAAAAAACAUUCCAAACCUGAAACAUCAAAUUAUACAAGCUACAGGAGAAAUUUUACCUGAUUAUUUCUACAUAGCUGGUCUUGCCCACUGGAAAUUUAAAACUAGUAAGGGCAAUAAAACACAUUCAUGAAUUAAAGUAAUACCUUGCAGAUGCUAUGGGAAUUGCAGAUAAAUUAAGUAAAGAUUCCUAGGAAGGGUUAUGUUUUUUUCAGAAACCAGCAAGGAUGAGUUCAUGAAAAAAAAUACACUGGAGAUGGAUUUUAAUGUUGGGGUGGGAUUUACACAGGUAAAUUAAGUUUUAGGGACAAAACACUACCUAUCACACAGCUAUAAAGAUAUAGACAGAAGUAGGAAAGGAAGAACUAAAGAAAACAACAAUAAUACAAAUGAUGAUUGUCAUUUAUUUAGUACCUACCGUUUGCCAGAAAUUAAGCUGAGAUUUUACACAUACUAUAUUUAAUAUUCCUACAGGAAGAGUACUAGGAAGAGUACUGUUAUAUUUAUAAAAAUGUAAAAAAUUGAGGCGAGGUUCAUAAUUUCAGAGACAUCAGCAACUAUAAUAAGGAAAAUUCCGAAUUUAUGUUUACAUCUGCCUGACUCUAAGAUUUGUGGUAUUUUUAGUGUGCUCACACUGUUCAGGCCAAUAAAGCAAAGUCUAUAACAGGGAGUGCUUAGCCAUGUUCAGUGUUACUGAGACGUUGAAUAAGGGAACUGAGAACUGACCUUUGGCUAUGGCCACAAGAAGAUCACUACUGGCAUUGAAAGGAACAGUUUUAAAGUUUUUUUGAGGCUGAAUUUCUAACUACAGUGGAUUACAGAGAGAAUGUGAUGUGAGAAAGUAGAGACACUGAUGGUGGACAAAUCUUUAGAUAAUUCGACUGUGUAGAGGAGGAUAAAAAGUGAUUUUCGAUUUAUUCUUCACAGUUCUUAGCUAGAAGAAAACAGAUUAGUAAGGGAAAACAAACAGAGAUAUAUCAUGUAGAUCUCAUGUACACAUGGGAAAUACUCAGGGAAAAGGAACAAAUCUCAACAAGGUGACCAAGAACCCUGACUAUUAUAUAGCAUCUUCAACUCAAAGAAAGAAAGAAGGGUGUUGGGGAGACAGGAUCUAGGAAAUUUAUGGUAGAUAAAAGUUAGUGAAGUUGGUUACAUAGAUUUCUCUGGUACCAUAUCCAGUUUAUAAGAGUCUAAAUCUCUAGUGAUCAGUCUCUGUUUUUUUUUUGGUAGAGAGAAAGUGGAGGGACACCUUUUAAAUGUAUGUCCUGCUUUUAGGUUAAUAGAGUGUGGUGACCAACAGGGAACUUCCUUUUUUUAAGGUUCUCUGAAAAAUCAGCUUGCAAAAGGCAGAUUAAUGUGAGAAAAGUUUCUCAUAUAAAUGAGAAAAGGCAUAAAAGUUUUUAAACGUGUACAAAGAAGACUUUAGAAUGAAGACCCAGAGAUACAGGGGAAAUUGUUCAUUUCUAUGCUGAGGUUCAAAAAAGUAUAGACAGCCUCGUAGAAAUAUCAGUGGUCAAGGAAAUUUGCAGUGAAACAAUGUCAGUCAGAUAAUUUCUUUAUGACUGGUUUUUACACAGGUAGGGAAAGUAAGAGUAAUAUUUUUAGGUUUUAUCACUGGCUUUAGGGAAAAAGGGUUCUGGUUUAUAUAACUCUACUCAAUAAAGAGGAACUCUGGUUUUUAAUGGAUAGCCUUGGCAGAGAAUGGGAGUGAGAUACAGGAGGAUUGAAAAAGUUUAAAGACAAACUUUUGCUUCUGAGGCCUUUUUUUGGGGACACAAAGUGAGUCCCAACAGAGAAGAGGUAGAGAACUUUUCUUGCAGCUGCUUCUGAAUUGCCUUCAGCUCAAAAUAAUUUUUAAGCCAAAGUGGCACAUUCUGCUGUUUUCAAGUUAUCAAAAAAAUAGGCAAGUAAGGCAAUAACUGGACAAUGAUUUGGGGUCAAGGAAGUUUUUUGGUUUUGUAUUUUGUUUGUUGGUAAACAUGAUCUAAUAGAGAGAAAGAAGAUGUGAUAUAAAAAGAGGGACCAUUAUAGGAUAUAAGCCCUCAAGAGGUGGCACUGCCUGGGAACCAGAGAAAGAAAGGGCUGUCUGGAACCAGUGGGAGGGCAAGAGUGGUGAUAACUUAUAGUGACGGAAGGAGGAGAAGACCUUGGUACAGAUCCAGGCAGGCUGUUUGUUUUGGAUCUGGGAAAAAAGAAAGGCAUUCUCUUAUUUUUUUGUUGUCAAUAAAAUAGGAAGCAAGAUUGUCAGCUGAAAAGUAGGGCAAGGGGACAUAAUGAAGAACUUGGUAGUUAGUUGUACUGAAUCUAUUGCAUUCUUUUUCUGAAAAUUACAUCAUGAAGUCUCAGGCUGCUUGAUUUAUGGAGGAAGCAAAGCACACCUGGAACAGAGGAAAAAACCUAAGUCAGUAGUACUGAAAUAAGAAAAUUUCCAAAUAAGAAAAUGAUAAAUAGAUGCCAAAGUAUAUAAAGCAUUGUAGAUACUGACAGUAAAGCAUCGAUACAGCAAUAGGCAGGAGGAGUGGAACCUGCUGACCAUGGGAGAGUAAUGCGACAAUGUCGCACACCUGUGACCAGCAGUGCGAUUCUCAAUCUUGUGUUUCCGUAUAUGAAACAUAGAUAUGUUCCAUACCUGAAACAUUUGUUGCUUUAAGUGACAAGUUCUGCAAUGGCCUUGGAGAAGCGGAUGGGAGGUAAAGCAGCACAGGUAGGGGGUUUUUAGUGAUACCUGAGAAAAUGUACAUUUAUCCAAAUGAAGCCACAAAAUAAGGAAAUUCAAAGAAAUUUCCUUAUUUUUAGCUAUGGAAUAAAUAUUUGAUGAACUAUCAGGUUAAAAGAAUUUGAGUACAAGUGUGUAUUUGUCAUCUAUUUCAGGUGGCAUUCUUUAAAUAUGUCACUAGUUAGGUAUUUGCUUAUUUUUUAUCCAUUCAUACAUUUAAAAAAUUAUAUUACACAAUAUGUGUUGUAUAAAAUUAGUUUAUGUAUAACAGUCACUUAUAUAGAUACUACAAUGUGUGUGGUGCAAACAGCUUUACAUACAUUAACUCAUUUAAUGGAAACAACAACUCUUUGACAUAUAUACUGUUAUUAUACCCAUUUUAUAGAUAAGGGAAUUGAAGCAAGAGUCCUGCAAGGAUUUCAUCCUUAGCAACAGGUGAAGCUAAGGCUAUACAUGCAGACUGACUCCAGCUACUCUUACGCUCUACCAUAGUGUUUUAUUUUCUAAUUACAGACAUUGAGUGCAAUAAAUACAUUAAAUUAAUAAAACUAGAGAACAAACUAGAUAUAAGUAGAGAAAAAUUAUUUUACCAGGACACAAGUGCAAGAACCACUAAAUGAAUUUCUAAGUUUUUUAGUGUUUGAGGUAAAAAUAGAAACAUAAUUUGUAAAUCUGCAGAUUUGGUAUAACUCCUGCUUAUAGAUAAAUUACAAUGGGUAGCAGUCUCCAAUGACAAAUUGUGAGUGUUAUGGGCUGAAUUGUGUCUCCUCAAAUUUUGUACGUUGAAGACCUAAACCCCAAUACCUAACAAUGUGACUGUGUUUGAAGAUGGGUCCUGUAAAGAUAUGAUUAGGUUAUGAGGCCCUUAGGAUGGGCCCAUAUUAAGCCAUUAAAAUGAUCUCUUAUGGGUUCUUACAAAAAGAGAAAAUCUGGACACAGAGAAAGACACCAGGGAUAUGCACAGAGAGGAAAUGUCGUGUGGAAUGAGCACAACUAAAAGGCAGUCAUCUGCAAGCCAAGGAGAGACUCCAGGAGAAACCAAACCUGACAAUAAGGUCUUGGACUUUGAGUCUCUAGAACUUUGAUAUUAUAAAUUCCCUGUGUUUAAGACACCCAGUGUUUGGUAUUUGGUUAUGGCAGCUGGAGCAAACCAGUACAAUGGGGCUUGUAUUUUGCAACAAAACAGUUUAAACGGACCUCAGGACAGAAGCAGAAAUUUUGACCCAGAUUAUUUAUCAGUGGAGUAUGAAUGAAGAAAGCUUUAGGCCACGUUAUAACUCCUGUAGAACCAGAUAACCUCACCCGCUAUCCAAGAGCAAUAGCUGAAAUCCAAUGGUAAUUAUAUUAAUUAAACUCUAAGUACUGGCCAUUUCUCCUGCACACUUCAUGGAAAUGGAGGGGGGAGCAAAAGACGCUUUCACAAUAAAGGAUGAUCCUUUAUCACAUGAUUUUCUUUGCCAAAAAAAAUUAUUUUCUCCUAUUUCUUUUAUUUUAGCUACACAUUUUUGUAAAAGCUACUUGCAGAAACAUGUUCUGAAAACUGACAUUUUCAAGCAGGUCCAGGCACUGCGCAGGGCACCAAGACAACCCUCUCAGCAUGUUGACCUCUGCCUUUUCCUGAGCCAAGUUCUGAUCACAGCAGGAAAUUUGAACUCAUUAUGAAACAUAAUUCAGCUUUUAGAACUGAGUACCAUAUGUCUUCCUUGGUGAUAAGGUUGGCAUUUGCAUCCAUUGAAAAUACAUAAGUCAUUUUUGUGCUAAUGCUCAAGGGAAGAACCUGCUGCUGACUUAAACCCAAGCAUUGACAGAUAGCAGCCCUGGGAUCUGCAGGUUUUCACAUCAGCACAUCUUUCACAAGGUGCAACAGUAAAGCAGUCAUGCCUUUGAAUUUUGAAACAGAAAAUAGAUACAGAGGCAAAAGGAAGUUACGAUUUUUGCUUUCCCUUCUUUGUCUCUAUAGCUUACACUGCUCAUUGACUUUCCUCUCAUGCAGGUUUUAGUUGUUUCUUUUUUACAGGCAAUUAGUUUCUCGAUAGAAAAUUUUAAUAGUCUGUGCUCUGUUUUAAUUAAAAAAUGUGAAUAUUACCUUGCAUCAGCAUAGAGUUGAGAAAAAUUAUUUUACUGAGGUUUCUUAUUGUUCACUACAUUCUAUUAGUGAUCAAUUAUGACCUUUGAGUAAUAUUUUGUAGCAGAACCAGAAUAAAAAAUAUGCAGAAAUAACAAUUUACAUUAUUCUCUAAUAUCGAGAGACUGUAUUAAGAAAGAAAACUUCUCUUCCUGGGUCCAUGAGGGGUGUAGUUUCAAAGGAAGGAGUUUCCCAGUGCCAGGCCUCUUUCCAAGACCCAUCCGGGAGUGCAGAGUUCUUGGGUUUUCCCGGCCCAGGCUAGGUAGACAAAUACAGUUGGGCUUCUUUGUCCAAAAAGCCACCGGAAAGCUCUGGGAGAAGGGGACUCUGUUGUGGACCAAGCAGAGUUCUUUGAGUUUCCCCAGCCCAGGCUAAAUAGACAAAUCCAGGUGGGUUUCUUUGUCCAAAAAGCCCCUGGAAAGCUCUGGGAGGAGGGGGCUCUGUUGUAGACAAAGCAGGCAAUCUGGUAUCAGAAUUAAAGAUCGAUCACUCCAGAGGAAGUUUGAAAGAACUCCUCUUAUUGGAUGAUAACAUGAAUGAGGAGGGAAUAACUCCAGGAUUAAAACUCGCUGCUCCUUACCUUUAUAGAUUUCUUCUUUGGAUCCCCUCCCAGGACAGCGUGGGCGCUGUCUCUCCUCUUUUUUCCCUCACUCUCUGUGCCUAAUAAAUUGCUCUUUGCAAAACUAUUUGGGUCCACAACAUUUAUUCCAACGGAAACCUCACUGCACCUCUGGGGCUCCUUUCCACAUUCUUUGGGGUAAGAGAAGCCAAGGACCUCAGAUCAGGGAACUAGAAAAGUAUUUGGGAGGCCCCUGCUUCCUCCCCCAGUUACAAUAUGCGGUUGAUAAACAAAAACCUCUAAGAUGUAAUAAUGACUGUUAACUUACACUCAUUUUCUGAUUUAUUUUUAAACCUUAAAUGUUUUUAAGUUCUUGCUUUGUUAUUUAUGUGACGUUAGUCAAACCAUCUUAAAUCACCACAAUUACUUAAUAAUGUCUAUCAUUCUACAAACAGUGGACAUAAUGUUAUUUAAUUAUUUCAUGGCCAAAUAUUCAUCUUGAAUCUUUGGAAAAAUGUGGGGUUGGUUAACAUUCCACUAGAGAACAAGAAGAGGAAGAAAGAUUUAAUAAAACUUGAUUCAUUGUCUUUAUGUUAAUUGUGUAUUUGAAUACCUAAGACUUCUCUUUAAAUCACUGAAGUAAUACUAAACAAUUUAGCUUUUAACUGGUUAUUUUGCUACAUUCUUGCAAUGCAACCAGGAUGAAGAUAUUACAGAGGUUAAAAACAUAAGCAGUGUUGGGGAUGCGUGGCAAAAGCAAUGCUCAGGCAGUUAAGAGGCCCUGGCUUUUUGCCUUGCCUCUGCCCCUGAUUUUCUGAGUGAUCUGUCACAUUCACAAGAUCUGUCACAUUUUCCUCAUCUAUAAACAGCAGUAGUGAGACCUUGUCUAAUAUGGUUUAGAAUGUGUGCCCUCUAAAUCUCAUCUAGAUAUGUAACUCCCAGUGUCAGAGGUGGGGCCGGGUCGAAGUGUUUGAAUCAUGGGACAGAUCCCUCAUGGCUUAGUGCUGUCCUCUUAAUAGUGAGCUUUCGCAAGAUAUAGUGGUUUAAGAGUACAUGGCAUUUCUGUCCCCACUCUUAUUUUCCUGUUGCUGCUUUUGCCAUGAGAUAUUCUGGUUCCUGCUUGGCCUUCCACCUUGAGUAAAAGUGCCCUGCCUGAGGUUUUCCUAGAAGCUGAGCCAAUGCAAGUUGGAUGCUUGUACAGCAAGCAGAACUGUGAGCCAAUUAAACCUCUUUUCUUUAUAAAUUACCCAGGUUCAGGAAAUUUAUAGUAAUGAAUAAUGGCCUAACAUGUUGUGUAUCUAAUGUUUUUAUGAUUAAAUUAGGUGAUGCCUAAAAUGUAAUUAGGAAAUAUAUAAGUAUAAAGUAUUCUAUUAGUUGGAAGCUUAUCUAUUGGUUAACUUGAAUGGUGACUUAGUCUAAGCAUGAAAAGAUUCUUUUGUAAGUGUUACUCCUCAGAACUUGUAUUGGAUUGUGCCUGUUAUAUACCUUUUAUUUAAAUAACAUUCUUACAUAUUUAAAAAUAUAUCUACAUAGUCUCAUUUAGUUUUGUGUACAUUAUAGACUCCAUGAUAUUAGGCAAGGUGUCUUGAUAUGAUAGGUAUUUGGCAGAUAAUAAAAUGGAUUUUGACUGAAUGAAUCACUUAACAAAUUUAAGUACAUUCAAGGCAUUUGAUGGUCAGAAAAGGAAAAGAAAAUUAGAUGAUAAAGUAUUGUAAAGUUAAUACAUCAUUUAAAAGAUGUUGAGUGAUUUCCAGUAAUUAUAUAAAGAAGAAACUGUCUCCCCUAAAAUAUUAUUUUGCAUUAUUAUUUCAAUUAGUAUAAUUUUAUUAUCAUUAAAAAAUUAUUUUUCUCUUGUCAAGGAGACUGGGAUGAAAGUUUAGCAUGCUUUAUUACCCUGGAUGCACUGGUGGAGGUUGACGGGCAACCACUGUGAAUUAAAUUUCUGGGAAAUGCGACCAAACCUAGCAGCACUCAGGAGGUCAGGAAAGGCAAAGGGGUGAAUAUUUAAGAUAAUAAACAUAAACCUAAAACUAAAUGAAUCUAUUUUGAUCAGGUUUAAAAUUCAAAAAUAGAGCUUUCCAUUGAGAUGUAACUGAAGACUUAGGGGAUGCAUCUGCCUCCUUCCCUUUCUCUUUCCCUCUCUUUCUACCUUCCUGUCUCCUUUUCCUUCAUUUUUACUUUCCAUCAGCUCUUGGAGUCCUUUUUAUUCUUCAUCUAGGUUUAUAAGUGAUUCUACUUUUUUGAUAUUCCACAGUUACUGCCUUUUUCUUUCAAAUAAUUUUCUCUGCUUUCGAAGAUGAAACCAUAGAGACUGGUCUUGUCCACUAUUUCCUUUAGUAAUCUUCUCACCACUAAUAUUACUACAAUUUAUCAAUGCUUCACAGGCCAUUUCUUUUAAUUCCUGUGUUUUUUUAAUACUUACAUUCUUAACUAAGUAUAACUAGUAUCAUCACUAACAUAAUAUAGAGUUUUCCAAAUAGAAAACAAAGGUAAGUAGCUAUCCAUGUAACAAAAGUGGCUUAUCUGUUUUUUCCAUGGUAAGUUAAUGAGAAAAUCCAGUUAUGUACCGAAGAGCACACUUUGCUUGUAAUAUAUAUUUUAUUUCAAGUGGGAAGGUAACUGGAGCUUUGAACAUUAAAAUUCUUGAUAGUUAAAAAGUAUUACAGAUAAUAACGUAAAGCUCAAACAUUUUAUGAGAAAACAUAUCAGACUCAUAUAUACACUGAUUUUCAGCCGCAGUUUCAAGAUUCUCUUCUAUUUUCACCAUAACUAUAGUAUUUAGAUUGUAUUUCUCGAUUUUAUCUCUGUAACGUAUUACUUACAUAAUUUGCAUUUGAAAGAGUGGCAUGGCAUUACUUUUACAAAA